GGGCCUGCACAUGUAUUUCCAAAAAAGCAAAAUAUUGCGGCAAAAGUGUAAUGUGUUGUAUAGCGUAAAAUGUGUUUAGAUGUGACUAAAUAUUUUUGCUACUGUGAAGUAAUUUAGGAUGGAGAGUAGCGUACACAUUCGGAAAGGAAAGCGUGAAAGAGAGAUCUCAAGUGAAAAAUACAGCAGAGAAUACCGGAAAAGAGAGGCUGUAGGCGAAUGUUCACGGCCUGCAGAAGGACACAAAAGAGUGAUUUCGAGAGACAAGUCUAAACUAGCGGAAGCUGAACGAUGGUCUCCAUAUGCUUGGAAAUUCUACAACCCACUGGCUGUCGGCAGCAUAGAUGGCACAGACACGGAACCACACGACCGGGGCAUUGCACGUGCCAUGGAGGCUGAGUACCACGCUAAUGCUCGGGUAGUUGGUAAUCCCCGCGCAACUCUGUUUCUUGCCCGGUUACCACCUCACACUGAUAAGGAAGAAAUUCUAAAGAAAUUUUCAAAGUUUGGAACGAUUCGGAAUUGCCGACUUGUUAAUGACAUUGUCACAGGAGCUUUCAAGGGUUAUGCAUUUAUCGAGUUCAAGCACGAGAGAGAUGCUGUGUAUGCAUAUGGCAAAGCAAAGGGUCUUCUUAUCCAGGGGAAGGAGGUCCUUGUUGAUUAUGAGCAGGAGAGAAUUCUUCCAGGAUGGGUUCCACGACGUUUGGGUGGAGGUUUUGGUGGCAAGAAGGAAUCUGGGCAGCUGAGGUUCGGCUGUCGAGAUCGUCCAUUCCGAAAGCCCUACACAUUGUUGGAUGUCUAACAUUUUGUUGGUUAACCUUCAGACUGCCAGGUAACUUUCUACAGGAAUAGCCUUCAGAUCAUUGGCAUUAUCAUUCAGAAGAACACUACAUACAAUCACCAGCAUUGCUUAUGAAACAUGUGAAGCCAUCUGGGUGAAAUUGCAAACAAAACACAUGCCUUUUCGGACUACAGAAGAUAUUUACAAAAUUGUGAAUGAUUACGGGUGUUAGGGGAACUUUCCCAAGUGCAUAUAAAGCACCGAUGAUAAAUGCAUCCACAUAAGACAAACAGUACUUCUCUAUCAACCUUCAAGGCAUUGCAAACGUCACCUAAAGAUUUAUAACAGUGAAUAUACAAGCAUAUGGGAGUCAGAGUGACAAAAGUGUCUUUGCAGAUACUUCUCUCUAUCACCACUUGGAAAAUACUGUGUUGAAUAACAACUCAGCAAACCACUGCCAGGAACAGAAGGCACUCUCGACUUCAUAUACUGCUUGGCAAUCAAGGAUAGCCUCUGAAUGAAUACUUGAUGAGGGCAUAUCAUACUGGACACAAUAUGGAUCAUGAAAAGGAAAUCUUCAAUUACCUCCUGUCUAGAGCCAGAUGAGCAACUGAAUGUGUCUUUGGAAUCCUUGUAAGCUGAUAAGAGAUAUCUGAAGACAGAGAUUCAAUUUUAUCCUGGACAUGUUGAUACUAUUGUUUCCACCUACAUAGCAUUGUCACCGAUACUGAAGGAAUAAGUGAGAGCAAGUCUCUAUGAGUGGAUAGCAAAACUAACCAGUACAAGAAAGAUGAUGAUAAAGAUGUUGACAAAUGUAUCAUCCAUUUUAAUCGGUCUUUAAGGAGAGUAUAUGAAAUGUGUGAAGCAUUUAAACAAUAUUUCAUUGGCAAAGAUGUACCUCAACAUAACAAUUUAGCUUAAUCUUGCUCUG